AUAUCAUACGAUGCAUUGUACGGGAAAAAAAUCAACAAAAGUUUCGGAAGAUGGUAAUUUUCCGUUUCCUGUAUUACAUGUCGAAACAAACAGAGUGCUCCGUAGCUGCGAUUCCAAUCGGUUGGAUUUUUAUAUUUUAUGAACGCACAGUGAUGACGGCAGGUCGAUCGACAAUCGCAACUCUUUAAACGGCGAUUGGUUUCGGGGAUGAUGAGUUCAACGUUUUGUGUCUGACUUUUAGGGGAGUUGGUGAGUAGCUGGUGAGCAGGUUUGGAGUCCGAAUUGGUAGCUUGCAGAGAAGGGGAGUACCGAUCCAUCGACAACGACCUUUGACUUCGAAGAGCGCAAUCGCCAUUGUGACCUUCCCUCAUAAAACCUAGCGACCCUAAAUCAGCCAUUCUUUAUUCGGAAUACUCGGUGGAUUGGCGAAGGACGAGACCUCGGGCAUGGCUCCUGAGGCCGAGGCGAAGUUGCGGUCGUGGAGGGGGAGCGACGGCUCCGACGGCCACCACUCUGUCGAUGUCGGCCCCGCGGUCGCCCCUCCGCCGGCGCCUGCGCCGGCGCAGAUCCCGGGCCCGCCCCAGCGGCAGCGGGACAAGAAGUGGUGGCCGUUGCUGGUGCCCGUCAUCUUCGUGGCCAACGUGAUCAUGUUCGUCAUCACCAUGUACGUCAACAAUUGCCCCAGGAACAGCCCCCUUAGCUCCUGCGUCCUGCGCCGCCUCGGCCGGUUCUCAUUCCAGCCCCUCAGGCAGAACCCGCUCCUCGGACCUUCCACUCAAACGCUCCAGAAGAUGGGUGCUCUAGUAGUUGAUAAAGUCGUUCAUGGACAUCAAGGAUGGCGACUCAUUACUUGUAUUUGGCUACAUGCUGGGGUUGUCCAUCUACUUGCCAAUAUGUUGGGCCUUCUAUUGAUUGGAAUUAGACUCGAACAAGAAUUUGGAUUUGUGAGAAUUGGACCACUCUAUGUCAUUUCUGGAAUUGGUGGGAGUGUUUUAUCUGCUCUAUUUGUCCAAUCAAAUAUCUCUGUUGGUGCUUCUGGUGCUCUUUUAGGGUUGCUUGGAGCGAUGCUUUCAGAACUCAUAACAAAUUGGACAAUAUAUGCAAAUAAGUGUUCAGCAAUGACAGCGCUUAUUGUGAUAGUAGCAAUUAACUUGGCUCUUGGAAUCCUCCCCCAUGUUGACAACUUUGCUCACAUUGGAGGAUUUGUUACUGGAUUCCUUCUAGGAUUUGUCCUUCUAAUCCGUCCACAAUAUGGUUAUCUAAGUCAGAAGUACACUCCUGUUGGAUACAAUGGCCCUGUAAAGAACAAGCAUAUGAUCUAUCAAUAUGUGUUAUGGGUUAUUGGUGCCAUCUUGCUAAUUGUUGGGUUCACUGUAGGCCUGAUAUUGUUGUUCAGAGGAUUCAAUGGGAAUGAUCACUGCUCCUGGUGCCAUUAUUUAAGCUGCGUCCCUACCUCCAGGUGGAACUGCAGACAGGGAACUGAAACAUGCGAGGUUUCACAGCUUGGGAGCAGCAUGUACAACAUUACUUGCCAGGGUAGUGGGAGAAACCGUGUGUACAAUACAACCCAAUCGACUACUGACUUGUGUAACCAACUCUGCAGUUGAAGAGGAAACUCUAAUUUUAUUCUACCAUAUCCUUCAAUUGGUGCAUUCAUUUCUACAUAGCUGGGUCAGUGUCCGAGUUGACUAUACAUAUGCGCUUAGGUCCACAAGAGUCCAUUUCUUCUGUGUAAACCUUCCUGAUUAUGACAAACUAAUGCAUGUUCAUAAUUCACAGAGCAAAUCUCCAAACUAAAACUACACUUGUCGUAUUAGUAUAAACAUUUUGAUGCUCGACAUACAAGAGUUCGCCAGCUAAAUAACUCAUCAUAAUUAAAUCA